AUGAUCGGCCGUCGUGCUGGAACGAAUCGAGUCGGUAUGAGGAGGGACGACUCCCUUCUGACUCGGUUUGUUGACUCAGUAUUCUACUUCUUCCGAUUAGCUGAGUUUGAGAUCCUGUUUGUACUCUUCAUCGUAAUAGCCUACGUCAUCUUCAAAGAUCUGACGGCGAGGCCGGACUACAAUCGGAUGCUAGUGGAGAAGCCCGGUGGAUUUGAUGUCUGGCCCUUCUAA